GCGCGCCCCCAGCAUGGCGGCGGUGCGGGCGCUGCGGGCGGCGGCGCGGCGGAGCCCGGGGCUCGGCCCCGCGGGGCUCAGGGCGCUCUGGGGCCGCAGCAAAUUAGAAAAUGGAGCUGUAACUCCAAAAAGAAAAGAAGUAGCUGAUCCUGUUAAAAGGCUGUUUUCACUCAGACCAGUGAAAGAAGGUGGGUGGGUGAUGGCUCUGCAGAGGCAGCCCGUGUGCGGAGCAGCACCGGGGAACGCCUGUGCACUUGUGGCUGACAGACCUGACGAGUCCAGGGGAUGUGUGGAGUGUCUGGAGAAGGAGGGAAGAGAAGUGGAAGCAGACGGAGCAGUUCCUGAGAAGGAGUAGGAGAGGAGCGAGGCCAGCCUGAUCCGCCCCCCGCCUCGCCGCCGGAGCUACGUGCCGCCCCAGGACCUGCAGAGCUGCCUCGAGUCCCACGUCAGGGAGGUCUUCGGGCCCGCUGUUCCCGAGGACUGGCAGCAGGCUCCCCUGCAGGAGACCAGGCUGAAGCAUCGCCUGCUGGCCCGGCUGGCGGCAGAGCUGGGACACGCCGUGCCCAACUCGCAGCUGCACCGCAUGCGCCGUGCCGGGGACGUGCUGGGCUUCUAUCGCAGCCCCGUCAAGGACGGCACCGAGAUCGAUGAACUCGCGGCCGCAGAGCUGCCCCCGAACCUGAAAAUCAUCUGGCAGCAGUGAGUCCCCCCACAGAGCAUCCCUGUGCCUGGCUGGUGCUGCAGGACAGCAGCACGGCCCUCUGGCUGGGG